UGCGUCAUCUCCACGCGCAUUCCCACCGUGCUCGGAGCACGUGGCGCGGAUUAAGGACGUCAAGAUCAUUGACAGCGUGAGGCCGGUGUGGCUGCUGCUGCCAUGGUGGCUGGCGGCCGGGUGCAAUAUGUCUAGACUGGGGGCCCUGGGCGGCACCCGCGCCGGGUUGGGACUGUUACUUGGUACUGCCGCCGGCCUUGGAUUUCUGUGCGUCCUGUACAGUCAGCGAUGGAAACGGGCCCAACGCCAUGGCCGGAGCCACAGUCUGCCCAAUUCCCUGGACUAUGCGCAGGCUUCAGAGCGCGGGGGCCAAGUAAUGCAGUUGCGGGCCAUCCCGGGGGAAGCUGGAGAUGCUGCAGUGCUGCCCAGCCUCGCACAGGAAGGACAGGAGAAGGUGCUGGACCGCCUGGACUUUGUGCUGACCAGUCUUAUGGCACUGCGGCGGGAGGUAGAGGAGCUUCGGAGCAGCCUGCAAGGCCUGGCUGGGGAGAUUGUUGGGGAAGUCCGAUCUCAUAUAGAAGAGAACCAGAGAGUGGCUCGGCGGCGCCGCUUCCCUUUCGCCAGGGAGAGGAGUGAUUCCACUGGGUCCAGCUCUGUCUACUUCACGGCCUCGUCUGGGGCGGCACUCACAGAUGCCGAGAGUGAAGGAGGUUAUACAACAGCCAAUGCUGAAUCUGACUAUGAGCGGGACUCCGACAAGGAGAGUGAGGACGGUGAAGAUGAAGUGAGCUGUGAGACUGUGAAGAUGGGGAGAAAGGAUUCUCUGGACCUUGAUGUGGAGGUUGCUUCAAGUCCAGCAUCGGGUGACUUGGAGACUGGUGCCUCAGGCCUCGAUGACAUGUGGCUGCUCCUGCAGCAGGCAGAUGAGCUGCACCAGGGCAGUGAGCAGAACAAGCGGAAGGGCUUCCAGCUGCUGCUCAACAAUAAGCUGGCGUAUGGAAGCCAACAAGACUUUCUGUGGCGUCUGGCCCGAGCCUAUAGUGACAUGUCUGAGCUUACUGAGGAGGAGAGCGAGAAGAAGUCAUAUGCUCUAAAUGGAAAAGAAGAAGCAGAGGCUGCUCUGGAGAAGGGAGAUGAGAGUGCGGGAAGUCACCAGUGGUAUGCAGUGCUCUGCGGUCAGCUGGCUGAGCAUGAGGGCAUCUCCAGGCGUAUCCAGAGUGGCUUUAGCUUCAAGGAACACGUGGACAAAGCCAUUCAACUUGAGCCAGAAGACCCCAGGAAUCACUUUCUUCUUGGCAGGUGGUGCUACCAGGUUUCUCACUUGAGCUGGCUGGAAAAAAAGACAGCUACAGCCUUGUUCGAAAGCCCUCUUAGUGCCACUGUGCAGGAUGCGCUACAGAACUUCCUAAAGGCUGAAGAACUACAGCCAGGAUUUUCAAAAGCUGGACGAGUAUAUAUUUCUAAGUGCUAUAGAGAAUUAGGAAAAAACUCUGAAGCUAGAAAGUGGAUGAAGUUGGCUCAGGAGCUGCCAGAUGUCACUAAUGAGGAUUCAGCUUUCCAAAAAGAAUUGGAAGAUUUGGAAGUAAUUUUAGGAAAAUAAUCACAUUUCAAUGACUACAAUUUAAAUGGAGAAAAGAAAAUCAAGUUGCUUUUUUUUACCCCCUGUGACCCCAAUGAGUUCAGGAAACCAAGCAAGAUUGGUUUAGAGGAUGUCCUGACCUCUGAGGUCUGACUGCUACUACCUUCAUCCCUCAACUUCCUAUGUUAUCAAUUAAUUUAUUAUAAUCUCUUAAUCUAAAACUGAAGAUGGACUUGCAGUUUAGGCUUCUGCUUUCUUCCUCUUAAGUGAACUCCUGAACAAUCACGACAGUAUAGCCAUAGGAUUAAUUGUGGAGACAGCCCAGAAGGCUAAGAGCUGAGAGGACAAAGUAGCAGGAGUGUCUUCUAACUGCCAGUGAGAUAGAUGAACAUCAAAAAGAGCCAUGGCAACAAAGCAUAGGACUGUACUAAUAUCCAACAGAUAUUUAUUGUCCUAAAGUCAUACCCUACCUAUGAAGACAAGAGGAGUCGUCAGCACAGUCCAGUUACUGCCCUCUUACCAUCCAUUAUGUAGACUCUUCCUGUAUUCUUUGGGUGAGGGGCUGGACCACAUGACUUCCAGAGUUCUGGCAGCUUUUGGGAUGACAGCACUGGCAAAGGGUUUAUAAAUAUAUUUUGAAAGUGAUCUGAA